AUGAGAUGGAAGGGGAGAAGAGGAAAAAGAAGAGGAAAAUGUCGAAGGUGAAGGAGUUGGAUAGAGCUAAGCGGUUGGAGGAGGUCAAGAAAGAGAAUCCCAGGGUAGCAGAGAGGGAAUGGUGGAGGGCAGCUGAGAAUAGGGCAAUGGGAGUGAAGGUGCAUGACGAUCCAAGGUUGUUGAGGGAGAGUAUGAAGAAGGAGAAGAAGAGGAAGGAAAAGAAUGCAGAGAAGUGGAAGGAGAGGAUUGAGGGCCAGGAGAAGGCUAAGGAGGGGAAGCAGCAGAAGAGGAAGGAGAACAUUGAAGGGAGGAUUAGGGAUAAAAAGAUGAGGAAGAUUGCUAAAAGGGAGAAGAAGCUCAUGAGGCCUGGGUUCGAGGGGCGCAAGGACGAGUACAUUACGAAAGAUUAAGGUUAGGGGAAGUAAAACUUUUUUCUGGAAAUGGUAUUUGUGUUUUUGGGGUAAUUUGUUUUGGCGAAAAUAAUGUGUUUU